UCCAGAGAGCGGCGGAGGGGGAGGCCGUUCUUCGUCGUCUUUAAUGGAGAGCUUAUUAGGUCUUCUUCGUAUUCGGAUCAUUCGCGGCGUCAACCUCGCCGUUCGCGACGUUCGCAGCAGUGAUCCUUACAUCGUCGUUAAAUUGAAUAAACAGAAAUUGAAGACCCGUGUGAUCAAGAAGGAUGUCAAUCCUGAAUGGAACGAGGACCUCACUCUUUCUGUUACCGACCCCGAUGUUUCAGUCAAGCUCACGGUGUACGACCACGACACGUUUACGAUGGACGACAAGAUGGGAGAUGCGGAGUUCGAGAUAGGGCCAUACAUCGAAGCACUGAAGAUGGAUUUGGCAGAGCUACCAAGUGGAACCGUGCUGUCAAGGGUGCAGCCAUGCAGGCAAAAUUGCUUAGCCGAGGAGAGCGCCAUAGUGUGGGAGGAAGGCAAGGUUAUUCAAAACAUUUGCCUGCGCUUGCGAAAUGUUGAAUGCGGCGAAGUUGAAAUCCAGUUGCAGUGGAUUGAGCUUCCUGGUGCCAAAGGUUUGUAAAAAUGCCUUAAACAAACACCACCAUCAUCGCCUUGUUCUGGUUCUUGUUCUUUUUUGAUCCUCUACUGUUUUGGUCCAAGAUUAUCCAUGAAUCCAUUUUUGCUCAUGGAAUUCAACCAAACCCUUUAUUUUUUCAUUUUUUUUUUGUCUUUUGACUCGUGAAAAUCUUAUAAGA